AUGGCGCCUCCUCCGUCGGCCUCUCUCCCGCUGCAGCAGAGGCUUAUUGCCCUUGCGCAGACGCUGCAAUUCGCGUGGUUUGUCGGACACCUGACUCUCCUCUUCUGCAUCUUCCGAUACAGCUUCUCGUACAUCACGUUUAACUACUAUUCACGAUGGGCGAUCUUUUCCUACCGCACAGCCUUUGUCUCGGCAGCGGUGACAUACGGGAUUGUGGUGUACAAGGCUUUCCGCGCUCGAUCAAGAGCUGGGAGCAGAGCUCAGGGAGGUGUUCUUUCGCUCGCAGCUGAUGAGAACGUCCAAUAUCUGGCCAUGGCGCUCGUCUGGCUCUUCUCUCCACAGUAUCCUCUCGCCAUGCUCCCCUUUGGCGUCUACUCUGUCUUCCACGUCGCGACCUAUACUCGCACGAAUUUGAUCCCCACCAUCCAGCCAGCGAAGCAAACCUCCCCAGCCCCCGGUGCAUCCCCAUCCGCCAAGCCCCCUGCGAACCCAACAGCCGAGACGAUCGGCCGAUUCGUCAAGGAAUACUAUGAUGCUUCUAUGGGACUGGUAGCCAUCCUCGAGAUCCUACUCUGGGGCCGAAUUUUGCUCUCUGCUAUUAUCUUCGCCAGGGGUUCUUGGAUCUUGAUCGCUAUCUACACCGCCUUUCUCCGUGCCAGAUAUGCUCAGAGCAGCUUCGUCCAGGGCCAAUUCAGUCAUUUGGAAGCAAGAGUUGAUAGUCUCGUGGGCGCACAGUCUACCCCUCCUGCUGCCAGACAGGCGUGGGAUACCGUCAAGAAUGCGGCCAGGUCUUUCCGCGAUGCUACUGAUAUCGGACGCUAUGUCCAUGGUGCUCCAGCACAGAAGAAGGCGGCUUAA